GGAGGGGACGACGACAACGCAGGAUUAUCUCCUCCGGAGUGCACUUUGGCUCCAGGAGCGACAAGUCAACACUUGGCAGCCGCUAUAUAAACGGAGGAGGAGGCCGGCCGAGGAGCCGAUCCGUUUUUCUCAUCGCGCUUCCGGAGAGGACGACAAUCCACCACCAUCAUGAACAAACUGUUGGUUUUUUCUGUGCUGCUCGCAGUCCUCGCUCUCAGCGCAGAAGGUUUCCGCAUGCCGAGGCAGGCCGAGGAUGAAGAGCAGGGCACCCUCACCAUGUUCAGCAACACAAUCAAGUCUUACUACAGCGAUGCGGUCAACACCAUCUCCGACUACGUGGAGACCAUCAAGGGCCUGAAGGUGGAGGAGAAAGUCAGGAACCUUUACACGGAGACCACCACCAUUUUGAGCACCUACAACAGCAUCGUUCAGGACCAGCUCUAUCACCUGUUUACUGGGCAGCAGUGAACAACUCCAAAGCACAACGGCAACUGCCAGAAUGAAAACAGACUAACGAAUUUGACCAAAGUGGACAGCCAGCAAGCGCAACAGCAGCAAUGAUAGCAUUGCUAUUCCAGAAAGUCGACCUUCGCCCCAAGGCGGGCGCCACACGUCACCCACCUCAGCUAUUUGACACCUCUUGAAAUAAAAAAAGUAUUUAUACAAAA